CAAUGUCAAAUAAAAAUGACCUGUGUGUGUCAGUCUCCUCUCAGGCCUCCUGAUCCUGACUGCCUCUCCUCCACCACCAUCUCCACCGGCAGCUACAUCACCACCGACACUGAGCAAAACGUAAACACUGAUAAAUCCCCACCUGACACACUUUGUGAGGAACAAGGAGCUGAUGUUCUCGACGUCUCUUCUCCGACCAGUCAACUCUCCUUCAUUAAGGACACGUCAGCUGCACAUCGUCAUGGUGCCGCCGUGCAAUCUCUGUUUAACGACAGCAGCAUUCAGCGCAUCAUAGACCGAUACACGAGGGAGCUCGACUUCUCCCUCAGCACCGCUGGGAGAACGACAGACAGUGAAGCCUCGUAUGUGCACAAGCCCAGAUCUGUGGUUGAAGCCUCAGAGUCGAGAGUGGAGGGCGAAGACUCUGCAGGUCGUCAGACUCUUCCCUCUGGGACUCGAACCCACAGUGACCUGGAUAGAGACUUUACUGUCAACCCAAUCCUGGAUCGCUUCUCAGGUGACGCCUCCUCCCAGGCUGAAGACUCUUUCAGGCCUCUGGUUGGCGAGCUGGCAGAGCAGUCAUCCUGCCUCGCCGCUGACCAGAGGGACUCGGCCAUGGAGCAACUGGUCGGUCAACCGUCGGCUCACUCGUCCAUGAUCGGUCAGCUUCCAGUGAGCGUGGGUCAAGGUGGAUGGGAUUCCACUCUGAGUCGGAUGAUUGGUCGACUCUCCUAUCGCUCCAGCUCUAACUGUCAGAGCGGCUGGCAGGACGCGAGUCAGCUGAUGGGUCAGAUGGUGCCGGAGCAGUCGACCACAUGGUUGGACGAAGUUCAGGAGGAAAGCCAGAUGAGGCCGCUGGCCGGGGAGCCAGAUAACGACCAGCACAGUGAAGUCUCAGGUGAACGUACCCUCAUGGAUCCCAGUGUCUCAGCUGAGGCCAGUCUGCCGUCACACCCGGUGUUGCCUCCUGAAGAGUUGUCACACUGCGCCACCGUCCCAGCUGCGAGUCUAAUUCCAGAAGACCAGACACCACAGAACCGAACCAGUCCGAUGGACCUGGACCCUGAAAGGACAGACGGCUCAGAAUCUUUCCACCCGCUGCUGGCUGAGGUCACCCACAACGAAACUGCCGACCCGUCCAUGACCUUUCACCUGCUCGCACACAAAGGGCCGUCCUCAUCUGAAGGACAGCUGAGCAGCGAGGAGCGCAGUGUUUCCUCACCUCCUGAAGAGUCUGAAACUCACAGUGAUUCUUCUGUGGAGUCCGAACUGUCGCCUGAACGCUUCCGCUCAGAGAAUCCUGCCUCACACGAACUAUCCCAGACCCAGGACUCUGCCCUCGUGCUGGAAGACACCGCGAGUGCAGACGUGGAGCUGACGGCUCUGAGUCUAUCAAACUUAAUCAUGUGUGAUAAAGCACCUGCUGCAGGAACAUCACAUCCAGCAGGAGGCGCUGCAGGAGAGAGCUGCACUUCUGGAAGGCUUCGAGAUUCAGUUCAAAUCAGUGACGUUCGGGAAGAAACGACGUCUGAGCCGGGUUCCAACCCGAGGACGGAUAUUCCUCUGUUCCAAAAGAUUAUGGAAGCGGCCUGUGAGAAGGGGAUCCUGGAGCAGUCGGAGAUAACACUGGUGAGUCUGACGGACUCCACUCAGGACGAAGAGACGACCAUUACUGAGGAGGAGGGAGACUGUGAAGACAAAACUCCAGAUGAGGAAGGACAGAGAAGCAAAGAGACCGAGGGGGCAGAAUCCACGUUGUUACCGGAGGACGAAGCUCAAACUCAUCCAGUGACGGUCCUGGACGUUCACUGGGGUCCGAGCAGACGCCUGCAGCACGCGGAGCAGAAGCGCAGAGCUCUGCUCCAGAGAUCAACUCGCCGGGUGGAAGACAUCAAGGCCAAAGUGGCUCUAAACAAGAAUCCAGCUGAAUCUGAAGCCAGAGAAGAGGAAUCAGACGUUCAACGUAAAGCUGACAAGUCAAAGGACGGAGAGAGGGAGACGUCUGGUUCCAUCCAGCAGAGAACGAGUCAGCCUCCACCUCCAGUGAGCGACUCUGUGACGAAAGAGGUGAAGAGCUACGGACCAGAGCAAAGGAGGCGGGACGUUUCUGAGAUGUACCAGAGAACUCAGAGACUGUACCAUCAGCUGGAGGAGGUCAAGCAGCAGAAAACGAUCCGGAGCCGACAGGAAGCUUCCGCACAAAAUCGACUGAAGGCCAAAGAAUUCCACAAGAAAACUUUAGAGAAGCUUCGAGCCAAGCAGACGAAGCAGUGACUCAAUGUGAACGUUCUAGUUUUAUCAAUAAAGUAUUUAAGUUAUUUUAA